AUUACCUGUUAUAGAAAAACAUAUGUUCAUUUUUCAUUAAUGUAUUUCAAAUUAUCACAAAAAGCAUUACAAUCUUUGGGUAUUAAAGGUUUCAAAGACAAAAGGUCCUUGUACUUUUGACUACCCUAUCAAAAAAAUCCUUGAGGGAUCGCAUGGGAAUCCAUAGGAAUUAAUAUAGGAGUGUAUAGAUUUAUAUAAGGAUCCAUGUAGGGAAUCAUAGGUAUCCGGAUUUCCGAUAUGAGAAAUUAUGAGUACCUGGAUACUAAUGUAGGAAAUUGCCAUAGGAACUUGUACAAAUGGAUUUCUUUGUGAAAAGUUUAUAUAUGAAUUCGUGUUUCUAUCUAAGUAAUUUCUAUAGAAUCCGGGCUAUCUGGAUUUUUAUCAAUAACGCGACGUUUUACGUAAAUUUUUCUAAUAUUAGUCUAUUAAAUAUAUUACUAAUCCAUACAAGAUUUCGAUAUGGACUUUGACAUGGUGCAGAUUUGGAUGAGAAAGAUACGUAAGAAUCCACAUGGGAAUCCAUACUAGAUUUCCUAUAUGGAUUUGGCAUGUUGUAGAUUUCGUCGAACCCGUAUAGGAAUCUACGCUGGAUUCCCAUAUAGAUUUUUUUGAUAGGGAUAACAACAUUGUCUGACGUCAUACUCUGGACUGUAUAAAAUUAUAUGUGGAUUGAACACAAUUAUGACAGUGAUAGGUUAGAAUUCAUACUUGAUUAUGUUUUUUAUUUACCGUGGUAUUGUUUCUUACAAACACAAUGAAAAAGUAUAUUGCUUAACUAUUGUUGAUUCACUUUAAGUGAUCAUUUAAUUGACUGAAUAUUAAAAUUUUUAAUUACAACAACAAACUGAAUCAUAGUGCUACGAGCAAACUUAGUUAUGCGCUAUCUGAUAUUUUUGAGAUACGAGGUUGCGUAUGACAUGGUUUCACUAGUUGCGAUACGCGAUUGCAUUUUGUUAAAUAAAAAUAAAACUAUUCAAUAUUUUUAUUUAUAACUUUACAGAAUUAUGCAAGGGCAUUUACUGAUUACUUUUUCGGCAAAAACUCAAAAUCGUCAAAAAUCGAAUACGAGGUUGCGUCAGAAAACCCUCGAUAUAUUAAAUGAUUGAAUUAAAAAAAAUCAUUUAUAAACAGUUAAUCAGGCUUGUUAAAUAUAAAUAAAUCCUUCUAUACGUGUGCGAACAUCACAAGUAGCACAGUAGGCUUUCGAUUGUUUAGCCACUACUGGCUAGCCAAACAGACGACUCGAGGAGCAGUGCAGCGUACGAGCCAAGUUGCAGUGACGCAUGACCAGAUCUUGACUUGCGUUUACGUUUACCUGUAAAUGUUUCGUUGCUCGGUGGCUCAGUCGACGUUGUUAUUCAUUAAAAAUGCGUUUGUAUCAUGAUUACUAUAAUACUUUCGUGAAAAGACACGUCUACAAGACGAUGGAGUGCUGCUAGAAGAAAGUGACAUAUUUAUGGAACGUAGCGAAGCAGAAGUAUCCGAUAAAGAAAGACUUGGUGCUGCACGUUCAACUUAAGAUCAAACAGCUCCUCAGAAAAGCGGCAGAGAAAAAGACCCUAUCUAAUUUGGCAUUCCUUAAUGAGUGAAUGCUUUACACAACCUGCCUGGAAAAUUCCAUAAGAAUUUUCCGAGAUGCUUUACACAACUUGCCUGGAAAAUUCUACGACGCAGUAAAUCCGGCCAUGUUGCCUGGAUUUUCAUAGCUUCUUUGCUUCAAGAACACUAGAUUUCCAAGCCUCAUUUCCGUCAGAGUCUCUUUAUUUCCUGGGAUGGCAGGAAUGGGGGGGCCGAGUGAGGUAGGACUCGUGGUGGCUGUUGGUGAGACACCCACAUGCAAUGCAUGCCUAAUGGAUCUACGAACUACUUACAACCAUGAAAGGAAUCUUGUGGCUCCUGAUCAUCACCAUGGGGUACGGUCAACCCGAAGAUAACCUCACUAUCCAACCAUUGGUACAUAAUCCAGGUCUGCUGUAUGACCCUUACUAGGAGAUUCAUUUGAUAGAAGAAAACUGGCGCAUCAUUACUUCUAUAAACGUCCAGGGUUUAGUGAAUAUGUAUCCUUUUGAGUGGGACCAUUUACACUCAACCAUGCAAGGUUGUGCUAAGAUUGUCGACGCAGGGUCAUGCAUGCACUACUUGAGAAUCGACACGAUAACCGAGGUACAAACCAGGAUAGACCAAGCUAAAACUCGCCUGAAACAACUACUCAAGGAUACAGAAUUCAAAACCCCUCCACAUGACCGUAAACAACGAGCUCCAUGGUUCGGAUUUGUGGGUACAAUUUCCAGAGAACUAUUCGGAACCAUGAACUACGAUGACAAAGAACAUAUAACCAAAGAAAUCAACAAAUCGUAUCAAGACAACAGAGAAAUGGUUCACCUGGUACAGAAUGCAACUCACAUUGUCAAGAGUGAAAUCAAUACCAUCCUCCAGAGUGAGGCCCAAAUACAAUCCAAUCUAAACAAACUUUCAAACGCUACACACGCGUUCAUAAACGCAACGCUGAGCUCCUUGGAAAAAGUCGUGUAUGUGACGAAAGUCCUAAUGCUGGGAGAUGAGCGCUUGGAGGUUUCCAGUAGCCACCUCAGAGCGCUGAGAGAAGCCGAAACUAUCAUCGAAGAAGCUAAAGCCGGAAGGCUCUCGCCACAAGCCAUUUCACCGAGACAACUCUAUAAAGCAACCAGGGAUAUCAUGGAAAAGCAUCCCAAUUUAAACCCGCCACAGCCAAUUGACAGAAUGGACAUAUCAACCCUGUCAUCAGUAUCAACCGUCAAGGUAGCAAGAGCGAAAGGAUACCUACUUAUCAUAGUAACCCUCCCCUUAUUCCAUAAGACGCCAUUAUUGUCAUAUGGGUUGAGACCACUGCCAAAACCAGAUAAUCUGAACGGUAAGGUACAAACAUUGGCGAUAUUACCAUCAGAAAAAUUUUUAAUUACGGAUCCGGAUCUGCAACAAUAUUAUUUAGCAGAUGCUGACUACAUCAAUAAUUGCAAAAAUAUCGGAGAUCAUUUGUCCUGUCGUCCGGACAUCCCACUUCAAUCCACGGAGAACCCGGAAGAAGUUGACUGCGGAAUGAUAUUAUUGAUGAAAUCAACCGAGGAAGUUAUGCGAACUUGCAAUGUUCGAAUUAUUCCCAAGUGCAAGACCACGUGGACUAAACUUUAUCAACCAAACGCUUGGGCAUAUUCGACAUGUGCAGAGGAAAAAUUAAGCCUUAAAUGUACGAAUCGUAUUGAGAAAGAUUAUUACAUCAAUGGGACGGGAACGAUCCAACUAAAAAAGGAUGCGAAAUCAGAAACGGAAAAUAUCUACUCAAGAGCGUAGACGAAGAAACAACUCAACUUAAGAUAACUCUGCCAACAUUGAAUUUGACUCUGGUAUCUGUGUCAUCUAAUUUAUCAGCCCAACCAAACGUACCUGGAUUUUUCUCUAAAGGUAAUACCAACCCCCUAUAUAGCAUCGACAAAUUCAAACCCUGGGGAGCAGGGCUAGAGGAAACAGAAAAUCGAAGGAGUGAAAUUUCUCUUCACCACCAAGAAGACGAAAUACACCGGAAAAUGACGGCAGGAAAUAUGUCCGCCGUAGGGGUGUUAGGGAUCAUCCUCCUUAUCCCAAUAUUCAUCAAUUGCUGCUACUGCUGUAGAUGGAAAUAUUCGUUCACCUGCAAGAAAAAUAGGAAGUCAGCGAAGAAUUCCCCAAAUCUUAAUAAAGAAACCAAACUUACUUGCGGGAAGCAACCAGAAGAGGCGUCAUCUGGCCAAAACAAAAUCGAAGUAAUAGAACUCCAAGAUACGUUACAGCAUCCGGCUCCAAGUAAGUCACGUUCAACCACCACGUCUUUCAUCACCAAAUCGGCAGCACCUACAAGAAGAGAGAGACUCUUCAGAAUCAGCGACUAUGCGCCUCCAUUUUAAAUAGUAGCCAACCUAGUUAGUUUAAAAUUCAGAUGUAAAACUAGUUGUAUUAAAACCGCUAAGUAAGAAUCCUUUUCAAAAAAAAAGAGAAGAAUAAGUUGCAGGAAUAAAUUCCCUCUUUAUAUUUUAUCUUAUUAAAAUCAUAUCUUUACUCCCUAAAAUUUUUUUUUGAAAAGAAAUCCUACUUGACCGGCAUACACCUCCGGUUGGAAACAGUAAGCUAAAAUAAAACAAAUAAAAAGAGACUUAAAUAUGGAAACUAACAAUAAGAUAUAACAGAGAGCGUUGACUGGAAUUUCCUAAGUAGGAACGAAUUAUUAAAAUUAAGAUCUUUCUCUACAAAAUUGAAUCGGACAUUCUUACCUUAUAAUUACUCGUCAGAACAACUUCAGUUGAUGUUCCCACUGGACUUCUUAAAAAUUCCUCCAAAUUCUAACCGGAUACACCCGCUUUCAAACAAUCCCUUCUAUUCCCCAUUUCUCCUAUUAACUGCCAACUCCUUUAUUUCACCAACCUAAAUCAAAAGAAAUCUCUUUUAGAAUCCAGCCGGAUAAAAUGAAUGAUUAACAAAAAGUAAUAACUUACCUCGAAUAAAAUAAACAACCUCACUUACCAGACGACCAACAAAAAAAAUCGCCAAUAAAUAGAAGUAUAAAAAAAAAAAAAGAAAUUUGUUUUUUUUGGGAUAUAUAAAAAAAAAACACAAAGAAUUUCCAAUCGUCAAUCUUUAUUAAGUAAGAUGACGUCACAAUAAAUAAGUGGUUGUGAAAUAUUUUCAUUUAUCCAGCAACCGCUGGAUCGAAAGGAUCUACCUCUCCAUCAAGAUCCACUGAACCUUCAUCCUCGGAAUCCCCAAGUUCCUCCAAUGCCUCGAGUUCGAUAUCCUCCUCAAUUCUAAUGGCCCCAUCGAACAACCAAUCGAUUAGUUCCAUAUCCAGUAACCAAUCUUCGUCCUCGUCAUCGUCAUCUUCCUUUUCCUUAGUCCUCCAAACGUGCUUACUCCAAGCCAAAAAUAACUCCCGCUUCAACCGGCUAGGACAGCAGGGCAGAGAAUACGUAGUAUUCAAAUAAUACUAAAUAAAUAAAGUUCACUAAGAACACUAA